AAGCGAACAGUGACCAGUAACGAUUUCCCCGUUAGCGUUUUUGUUGUUAUUUAGACUUUUAUUAACACCGUGGAACUCAAUAUGACUCAUUUACCUGCACAGAAUCACAUACUUGCCUAAGGUAGUGUUUAAUUCACGUUGGAGACAGGCCUUGGUUGAUAGCUAGCUAAGUUAGCUGCUAACUAAGGUUAGCUAAAAAUGGCUAACGUGAACAGUAUGGUUUUUCACACUCAAAUAGCUUCCAUCAUGGAGGUGCUAGCGAAUGCAGCCGUGGCAGAGAUCUGUAAAGUCGUAGACGACGACUAUGCAGUGUUUCGUUUGGAAAUAACUCAAAGCCAGAAAGAAAACAGGACAUUGCGGAGGAAACUACAGCUACUGGAACUGAAGGUGUCACGGGAGCGCGCAGAGAGGACAUUGCGAGAGCUCGCCAGUCCCAGUAGUGUCAAGAUCCUCGACCAAUACAGAGGAGUGGAAAGAGGUGAAAGACAUCUCACUGGAGGACACAGGAGCUUUGUGAUGCUAAAGGCACACAAUACAUGGAGAGAAGACCAACCAAUCACUGUUGAUGAGGAGAGUGGAACCUCAACCCAGCAAGUUAUCGUGAUAGAGUCUGCAGAUGCAGAGGCUGCAGAUCCUGGGGUGAAGCAGGAGAAGACUGAAGGAGAGGAGGAACCAUGGCACAGCAGAGACAUCCAGACUGGAGCUCAUCCUGUAGCCACGGAGGACCCCACCACUGCCACAGUGCAGCCCAUGACCCGACGCAGCAUCACGGAGGUCAGUGGAACGCCAAACGCCGUCCUCAAGUCAGAGACCAAUACCAAGACUUUAACAGGGCUGGGCUGUCCUGCUCCACGCUCAGAAUAUUUCCAUUACGGUAACCCGAGGAUGGUUCUGUCCCAUCAGAACUCAGGUGACACGUUACAGACUGGCAAUGAUCCGUCCUGUUCAUACACUACAGAGAUACCUGGUGACAUGUCUGUGAGCUUAGAUACACAGACUAAUCCAAUGAGAGAGGACUGGAACCGGUACAGUACUAGAGUAUACUCUGAAGGGUGCCUAGAUGAGAAAGGAGAGGGUCUCGUCGUAGAUGAGAUGACUGUGAAAGUGGAGGGCGAUGCUCCUGUGACAUGGAAUGCAGACGAGACUCACUUCGGAGAAGGACACUCGCAGGGAAACUCCAGUGAUUUCUUAGACUACAGGGAAAGCUUAGAGACAAAUCUAAAGGUCCCGACCCACUCCCCUUUACACCCAGUGUCCAUGUCGAUGGCACCUUCCGAUUCACAAGGCCGCAUCCUUUUCGAUCAGGUAUUGAACUCAAACGACCAAAGGGCCAAGCCGUGGGGAGAGGGAGCAACAACGGGCGGUAAAGAAAAGCAGUUCUUCUGCAUGUUCUGUAACAAAGGCUUUAGCUGCCCACAGAAGGUGGAGAUCCACCAGAGAGUCCACACAGGGGUGAAACCCUUCAUCUGUACCCAGUGUCACAUGCGCUUCGCCCAUGCUGGCAACCUGAAGAGGCACCAGCGGUUCCACACAGGGGUAAAACCCUUCAAAUGUACCCAGUGUCACAUGCGCUUCACCCAGGCUGGUGACCUGAAGAGGCACGAGAGGGUCCACACAGGGGAGAAACCCUACAGCUGCCCCCAGUGUGAGAAGAGGUUCUCCCGUCAGGACCAGCUGAAGAUGCACCUGAAGGUCCACACGGGAGAGAAGCCAUUCGCCUGUACUCACUGUGGAAAGAGGUUUUCAGAGAGGACCUACCUCAGGAUGCACCAGCAGAAACACCAUUCCACUCUAUAACAUAGAAAGUAACCAUUCCACUCAAUAGCUUCUGACGUUUAGAUCAAAUCCUGCAUUAAAGACUAAGAUGAAUGUUCAUUGUUGUCAGCAGAAAAGAUCAACAGAUACAUCUGAGCACAAGAGAGUAACAGAUUUCUCUGAAUAUUCCUGGGUAGAAUAUUGCAUCCAGACAUUGUGAUAUAUCUAUAAGGCAUAAAUAAGCCUACAAUAGUCUGUAACAUAUUGUGUUUGUACUGUGUAGGCUAUAUGAUGUUCACACAUUUUCCCAAGACACUUUUAAUGCAGAUUUGUAGUUGAGACAUGUGUAUGUCUGGUUUUCAUAUGGUGUAUUUAAAACUUGUUUGUUUAAUAAACACAA